AUGUCUGUGUGUCGCCGGAGAAAGUGGUGAUUCUUCCGCACGUAUUUCCUAAAAAUCUCCAAGAUGUUGGCCUUCAUAGGGAGGAUACUGGAGUGGUUUAAGUCCUUAUUCUGGAAGGAGGAGAUGGAACUGACGCUCGUGGGUCUACAGUACUCAGGAAAGACGACGUUCGUGAAUGUUAUAGCGUCGGGGCAGUUCAGCGAAGACAUGAUUCCAACAGUCGGAUUCAACAUGAGGAAAGUGUCAAAGGGGAAUGUUACCAUCAAGCUGUGGGACAUUGGUGGCCAGCCCAGGUUCAGAAGCAUGUGGGAGCGCUACUGCAGGGGUGUCAACUGUAUCGUAUACAUGGUUGAUGCUGCAGAUCACGAGAAACUUGAGGCGGCACGAAACGAGCUACACAACCUCCUGGACAAGCCACAGCUGCACGGCAUCCCGGUUCUAGUUCUGGGGAACAAGAAAGAUCUGCCUAAUGCUCUAGAUGAGAAGGAGUUGAUUGAAAGAUUGAACCUGUCUGCCAUCCAGGAUAGAGAAAUCUGUUGUUACUCCAUCUCCUGUAAGGAGAAAGACAACAUAGACAUCACAUUGCAGUGGCUAAUUCAACAUUCAAAGAGUGGCGGCCGAUAGAUGGUGAUGACAGGAGGAAGAGACAUGUAGACAAUGAAUUGUAGCUUUCAUAAGGAUGGAUUUACUUUGGAAAAAUGGUGUCUGGAUCAAAAUUCAUUCCUGUAUUUAAAACAGCCACAUUGCAGAUAAAAAAACUCAAGAGUGAAAAACAAUAUGAAGGCAUUCAAUGCUUUUACUAGACAAAACUACAUUUUUGUGAUCUCAUUAGUAAUAGUAGACCAAACUUUUGUAUUUUGACAGUUUUUGUGUGAAGAUGAAGUUAAGAAGAAAUUGAUGAUUCUUAGGUAUAUUGGAAUUGAUAUGGCUAAAGGUUAGUUGUUAAGUACAAUCUACAGUCUGAUUGGACAAGCCUACAUGUACUGUAGUGCAUCCAAUCCCAAAGCUUGUAGCAAAUGAAAUAAACCUGAGCAACAAUAGCACACUUAAUUUGAAGUGCAGAGUCAGCAAACACAUAUUUUUGCCCAAUUUUACUUCAUUGCUUUAUCAUGUGAUAUUUAAUGUACAUAUUUGAAGUGUGCAUGGGGAACGGGGAAAUUUGUGUGUGCUACCUUAACCACACAUAAUAUUAUACAAAAUAUACUUGAUGUUUUUUCCCUCCUAAUUUGCUAUACAGUGUAUGUGAAGAAUAGGUAUAUUAGAAUAUAGUGUUUAUACUGCGCUACUGGCUCCAGAUAUACAAGGACAUUGAUAACAACAAAAUGAUGACUUUUGUAUGUUAGUGGUCUCAGGCCUUGGUGUAUAGAGUUACAUGUGUGUGGAGAUCAUGCUACAGUAAACUACAAACUAACCACAAUUGGCAAAGGUAGCUUUUGCCUGCAGCAGUCUAUGUUACCUAUGGCUGCACAUGCUUUUGCUGUAUACUUUGUUUUGGUCUGUUAUAGUAUAUUGACUAGUCACUGCUUUCCCUGCUUUUUUGUUGGUAUAGUGGUAUCAGUUGAAUUUAGAGGUAACCAAAUUUGCUAACUGUUUUGUAAGUCUGGGAUAGGUAGGAAGUUUCAGUGUAAAUAUCCCAAGUUUGUAACAUGUUUCUGGCAUAAGCAGGGAUCUCACAGAACCGUGUCAGGCAUUCUUAAAAUGGGUGCAAAUUGGCGUGCAGUCCGUGAGAUACCAGCUAAAGUGAUGAGCUUUCUUGGUAUGCUGGUGCCACUAUACCAAACUGAUGAUGGUAGGGAAACUCUUGUUGUAGCAACAAGCUAAUACCAAGGCCUUUGUGUAGUGGACAAAUAUAUACCGUUUCAUGUACAAUUACUGUGAUGUUGUACAGAUAGGUGUCAAAGUUCAGCAUUGGAGAUGAACCUUAAGUCCAUGAGGACUGUUCAGACGUGCCUCUGUGCUUGAUAUUAGAGAAGUAAGUGGCACUGAGGGCCAUUAUAUAGUAAUUUUGGGGGUGGUGUUAAAGAUAUUGUAUUGAUAUCCCUUAGUCCUUUUUGUUUGUUCCAUAUCCCACACCCUAUCAAUGGUUUAUUGCAGCCCAGUCCCAUGAUAAAUAAACCCUCAUCUCCAUGCCUACUUUUCACCAGUUUUGUGUCUCCUUUUUUGUCACCAUGCCCAGAGAGCAUCUCUUAGUCCACCCCUCCCUGUAAGUGGAAUGGCCCACUAGGAACAGCUCAGUUGAUAUUGGGAUGUGUGUAUACAGGUUUGGUACAUGUACAUGCUCUAUGAUAGCUUUGGACUAAUAAUACAGGCUCUUGUGUGUAUAU